AAAACCUAUGCCGUGAAGGUCAUUCCUCACAGCCGGGUGGCUAAACCCCACCAGCGGGAGAAGAUCACUAAUGAGAUUGAGCUGCACCGGGACUUGCACCACAAACAUAUUGUCAAGUUCUCCCAUUACUUUGAGGACGCAGAGAGCAUCUACAUCUUCCUGGAGCACUGCAGUAGAAAGUCUCUGGCCCACAUCUGGAAGGCCCGCCAUACUCUGCUGGAGCCCGAAGUGCGCUAUUACCUCAAACAGAUCAUCUCAGGCUUGAAAUACCUUCACCUCAAGGGCAUCCUGCACAGAGACCUCAAGCUCGGCAACUUCUUCAUCAAUGAAAACAUGGAGCUGAAAGUGGGGGACUUUGGGCUAGCUGCUUGCCAGGAUACCUCUGACCAGAAGAAAAAGACAAUAUGUGGGACCCCCAACUACCUGGCCCCAGAAGUGCUGCUGAGGCAAGGCCAUGGACCAGAGUCAGAUGUGUGGUCUCUGGGCUGUGUCAUGUACACCCUGCUGUGUGGGAACCCUCCUUUUGAGACCUCUGACCUCAAGGAGACCUACAGGUGUAUCAAGCAGGUGGAGUACACCCUCCCUGCCUUCCUCUCCCUGCCCGCCAAGCACCUCAUCGCCAGCAUCCUCAGACGCAACCCUCAGGACCGCCUCACCCUUGAAGAGAUCUUGGACCAUGAGUUCUUCAAGGGCUACACGCCUGAGAAGCUCCCUCCCAGCAGCUGCGUGAUGGCUCCAGAGCUGAGUCCCCCCAACCCAGCAAAGAGUCUGUUUGCUAAAGUCACCAAGACACUCUUUGGGAAGAAGAAACCCAAGGCCAAGAAAGGCUCUUUGGAGGACAAGGAUGACAUCUCCAAGCUGGUCACUGGUCUGAUGAAGACGUCAAUCUGCCGGCAGAUGAGCUAUAAAACUGUGGAAGGGAAUGAGGCCACCCCCGUAUCGUGCCGCAGCGCCAGCUCUAGCCCUGUCGAGACAGUGGUGGAGGAGACAUCUCACAAGUCUGUGUCCCCCUCCAUCCGGGGGACGAUGGCCAGCAGCUGUGAGGCCUUUGAAGACUGCAUCACCGCCUCUGCCAUCAUCGAGUCGGCUGUCCGACUCCUUCGGACCUGCCUCUCCUUCAUGCCCCCAGCGGAGAAAAACCCAGCUUCCUUGGCCCGCCACGAACACUUUGUCUGGGUGAGCAAGUGGGUGGAUUACUCCAACAAGUAUGGCUUUGGCUACCAACUCUCCAACCGCAGCAUCGGGGUCCUCUUCAACAACGGCACGCACAUGACGCUUUCCCCCAACCACAGGACUGUGCAUUACAACCCAACCAACAGCAAACACCUUGUGUUCUCUGUGGCUGCCAUCCCCGAGCAGCUGCAGGGACAGAUGAGUGUCCUUCGCUACUUUGCAUCCUACAUGGAGCAACAUCUCAUGAAGGGAGGUGACUUGCCCAGCAUAGAUGACCUCGGGCAGCCGGCGCUGCUGCUCCUGCAGUGGGUGAAGACCGACCAAGCCUUGCUUAUGCUCUUCAGCAAUGGCACCCUCCAGGUGAACUUCUACAAUGACCACACCAAGGUGAUCAUUAGCAAGCCUGACCACUCCUGCCUUGUCACCUACAUCAACCGGGAGCGCAACUCCUACACCUACAAGCUGUGCAGCAUCCAGGAGCUGGGCUGUUCUCCUGAGCUCCACCACCGCCUCAGAUACAUCCUCAAGCUCCUCCAAGAACGGGCUGAGGCCUAGCAUGGGACCUUGGGGGACCCUCUCUGGA